AGCGCGCAAUAUGAUGACAUCAGCUGAUGAAUAUCAUCAUAUGGUGAUCAUAUGUUUACCUUUUAAUACAUAGAAGUAAUCAGUAUUCUCUAUAAAAAUAGAAAAUUUAGAUAUAAAGCAAUAUAAUAUUUCCACUAAUUUAUAUUAAUAAAAAAUCAGUGCAAAAAUGACCAAUUGUGACGAUAAACGAGUUUUAACAUGUAUGAGACGAACCCAGGGUGAUGGAAUGGAGUUUAUCGACGUCGAUAAAUUGGAAACAAAUAAGGGAAAUAAAAUUCGACUGGGUGAUUCUUUGAUUUAUCACCCGACAAAUUUUAAGCAGCUUAAUUCAAAACCACCAAUAACUCCCAGUGGUACAGUGGUGAAUUUAAUACCAAAAAGUACAACUCAUAUUAAAAAGGAAAAGUAUGUUUUGAGUUCAUUAAAAUCGAAGGAACCAAAAUUUGUACCCUAUGAACCUUACAAGGCAGCUGUAAAUCCGAUUAUUCCUUAUGAGAAGAAAGGCAAAAAACAAUCGAAACACAAUGCUGAUAUAAAUACGAUGAUAUCGCAAUUAGCCAUUAAGACUAAUGAUAAGAAAAUUGACGAGAAAUCCAAGAGUGAAAUAGUCAUUGAUAACAGUGAUAGAAAGGAAUAUGAAUCUGAAAUUAAGAAAUUGAAAGAAGAGAAUAGUCAGUUGGAAAAUCAACUUAAAUUUCAAACACAGGUUAAUGCAGAAUUAAAGAAUUUAUUAGUUGCUGCAGUUGGAGAGGACUUAGAAAGUAGAGUUCAUUUAUUGACGGAAGAUAAACUUCAAUUGGCUCGUGCUUUAUUAAAUUCGGCGAAAAAUCUCACGACUCAUCAGGAGCAAACAGAAUGGCUAGCGGGACAAUGCGAAGUUUGGAGGAGUAAAUUUUUAGCAAGCAGUCUGAUGGUUGAAGAAUUAGCAAAAUGGAAAGCAGCCUUAUGUCAGAGAGCGACUGAUCUUCAAGAGUCGAUAAAAAGAUUAUUCGAAGAACACAACAAAGUUAGGGACACAUCUUUACGAACAUACAGAACUCUAAGUAUUCUUAGAGAGAAUUUCGCUCCAUCUGGAGCAUCGACAUCUAAACGACACGAAUUAGCGAGUACAAAUAUUAUUGACUUGGCCGAAGGUUGUUCUCAACUUUCCGAAUUAUUGAAAGUUCAAUUAUUGAGUGGAAUGGACCAAAUAAGCCUUCGUAAGGAAAUUAAUGUUACUGGAUUAGAAAUGAAAACAGUUGCGGAAAAAACUGCGGAACAGUUACUGAUGAGUCCUAAUUUGAUAAUGUCCGGAAGGCAAGAUAUUGCCUGCAGUGCCGUGAUGGGUGCAGCGGUUGCACUAGGAGGACAAAUAUUUCUCCCCAAGAGUUCAAAUAUGCCUAAUAUUGCCUGCUGCUCACAUUGCAGUGGGGAAAUUAAACAAGUGUAAAAUAUUCCGAACUAAUCAAUUUAAAUUGUAUUAUAUAAAAAAGAGAAAUUAGAUUAUAAAUUAAUAUAUUGACCAUUGUUUGGUUUAAAAUAAGCGCAUAAAAAUUUAGGUAUAAAUCAUUAACUUCCACUAGGUACCACUAGGUACCACUAGGAACCACUAGAUACCACUAGAUACCACUAGGAAAAUGAAUUUCCUUUUUUUUAAAAUGGUGAUAAGAGAAAACUAUUUUGUAUACAUACAUUUUUUCAAUAAAAGACUAAAAUGAAUGAAAGAAUAAAAUGAAAAAUUGCUUUUAAAAAAA